CUGACACAGGGGUGCCUUUGGAAGGAGUCCCCAGGGAGGGAAACUAGCUCCUAGAAGCCCACUUGGGGCUUCUUCCCCUUGAUCUCCUGCCAGGGAGGGGAGAGUCCAUUCAGGGCUGGCUCCCUCGUAUCACCCUCAUCUCUUUGCCGCUCCUCCAACUCUGCCCUCCCUCCCGGGCCUCCAUUCAGUCCUCCUCCAUGGAUCUCUCUUUUUCUGCCUUCUCUGUCCUCCUGGUCUCCCCGGCUUUAGUCCCCCUCAUCCUGAUUGGUUCUUUUUCCUUUGUUUUGCCCUCCUGGCUUGGUGUUCAGGAUUUCUCUCCUAGUCCAUGAUCUCUGGCCCUCCCCUGUCCAUCUGUUUCUGGUUUCUUUGUCUGUCAGCACCCCCCACCAUUACUUUUCUGGGUGGGGGGCUCUUGCCUUCUCCAGUCCCGGGGAGUGCAGACUCCCCAGGCACCUGCACUCAGGAGCCUUCCGCCCUUUGGAGAACCCUUAGCUCAAACUCCUCCUUUGCCCCUCCCCCUGCCCUGCUCACCUUUAAUUGAGAUGCUAAUGAGGCUUCUGUCGCUUCCAUCCCAGCCUGGCGGGCGGGCUCCCUAGCCAGGCCGCUGCACCUGUCAGGUGAGGGGGAGGAGAGGCUCGCCUGCCAGAUUCAACUGGAAAGGAACCAGUCCCAGUCCAGCCACAACCUGGGAGCUGGGAGCAGGAGGCAGUCCAGACGUCCUGGAGGCUCUUAGGCCGUGGGACAGAGGGAGUCAGGACACAGUCCAAGGCCAGGGCCAGAGACACAGGAGAGAGCCCACCCCGACUGAGAGGGGGCAAGGUUGGGAGGAAGAGGAAGAGGCAGCAUCAGAGAGCCUGGCACACAGACAGGAGACCGGCAAGGAAGAAGAGAGCUGAGAAAGAGACCCAAAGAGAAGCAGAAAGGAUAGAGAGAGGGGGAACACGAGUCAACGCUGGGACACAGAGGUCCUGCAGGAAGGAGACUAAAGACAGGGCAGACUGUUCUCUGAGACAGAAAGGGAGGUGCUGGGACAGAACCCCAAAGGCAUCUUCCCGAGGAAGCCCAGCUACAGCUCUCUGGCCUCGACUCCUGCAGGCUCAUGAAAGGAGAGCAGCGUGAGGAGCAGGGGCCGGGCCCCGAGCCCGCGGGCCCCCCGCAGCCCACAGAAGAGGAGGAGGCCCUGAUCGAGUUCCACCGCUCCUACCGAGAGCUCUUCCAGUUCUUCUGCAACAACACCACCAUCCAUGGCGCCAUCCGCCUGGUGUGCUCCCAGCACAACCGCAUGAAGACAGCCUUCUGGGCCGUGCUGUGGCUCUGCGCCUUCUGCAUGAUGUACUGGCAGUUCGGCCAGCUGUUUGGGGAGUACUUCAGCUACCCCGUCAGCCUCAACAUCAACCUCAACUCCGACAAGCUCGUCUUCCCCGCCGUCACCAUCUGCAACCUCAACCCCUACAGAGACACGCAAAUUAAAGGGGAGCUGGAGGAACUGGACCGCAUCACCGAGCAGACGCUGUACGAUCUGUACAAGUACAACUCUUCCAGCACCGUGGGGGCCCACCCCCGUGGUCGUCGCGGCCUCGGGGAGACUUGGCCGCACCCCUUACAGCGCCUGGCGGCCCCGGCCCCGCCCUCCCGGGCCCGCCAAGCCCGCAGCGCCAAAUCCAUUGUGCAGGACAACAACCCCCAAGUGGACAGGAAGGACUGGAAGAUCGGCUUCCAGCUGUGCAACCAGAACAAAUCGGACUGCUUUUACCAGACUUACUCGUCAGGGGUGGAUGCAGUGAGGGAGUGGUACCGUUUCCACUACAUCAACAUUCUUGCGAGACUGCGAGACACUUCUCCGGCCCCGGGGGAGGACAUGCUGGACAACUUCAUCUUCGCCUGCCGCUUCAACCAGGCCUCCUGCAGUCAGGCGAAUUACUCUCACUUUCAUCACCCGAUGUAUGGGAACUGCUACACUUUCAAUGGCAAGAACAGCUCUAACCUCUGGAUGUCUUCUAUGCCUGGGAUCAAAAAUGGUCUGUCCCUAACACUGCGCACAGAGCAGAAUGACUUCAUCCCGCUGCUGUCCACAGUGACUGGGGCCAGGGUCAUGGUCCAUGGGCAGGAUGAGCCUGCCUUCAUGGAUGACGGUGGCUUUAACUUGCGGCCUGGCGUGGAGACCUCCAUCAGCAUGAGGAAGGAAGCGCUGGACAGGCUUGGGGGCAACUAUGGUGACUGUACCAAGAAUGGCAGUGAUGUCCCUGUGGAGAACCUUUAUCUUUCCAAGUACACACAGCAGGUGUGCAUCCGCUCCUGCUUCCAGGAGCACAUGAUCAAGCAGUGUGGCUGUGCCUACAUCUUCUAUCCACUGCCCAAGAAUGCAGAGUUCUGUGACUACAGGAAGCACAAUUCCUGGGGUUACUGUUACUAUAAGCUCCAGGAUGCCUUUUCCUCGGACCGCCUGGGCUGUUUCACCAAGUGCCGGAAGCCAUGCAGUGUGACCGGCUACCAGCUAUCUGCUGGUUAUUCACGAUGGCCCUCAGUGACAUCUCAGGACUGGGUCUUCCGGAUGCUAUCCCAACAGAACAAUUAUACUAUUAACAACAAAAGAAAUGGCGUUGCCAAACUCAACAUCUUCUUCAAGGAGCUGAAAUACAAAACCAACUCUGAGUCUCCCUCCGUCACGAUGGUCACCCUCCUGUCCAACCUGGGCAGCCAGUGGAGCCUGUGGUUCGGCUCCUCAGUGCUGUCUGUGGUGGAGAUGGCUGAGCUCGUCUUUGACCUCCUGGUCAUUACAGUCCUCAUGCUACUCCGGAGGCUCCGAAGCCGCUACUGGUCUCCAGGGCGAGGGGGCAGGGGCGCCCGGGAGGUGGCCUCCACUCCAGCCUCCUCCGUCCCCUCCCAUUUCUGCCCCCACGCCACAUCCCCCUCCUCAUCCCCACCAGGCCCUGCGACUUUCCCAGCCUUGACAGCCCCUCCCCCUGCCUAUGCCUCCCUGGACCCCUGCCCAUCUCCAUCCAGCUUGGUGAGGACCAGCGCCUCCGCCUGUACUCUGGGGGAGCCCUGAGAGGGAAGGAGAGUGUCCCCCUCCACCCAAGGCAGGCGCUUCCCCUGGUGGGAGGGGGAAGGCUUGGCAGGAUGAGAGAAAGUUUGGGGACUUCCUCUCAGAGCUGCCCAACUGCCUUUGGUGUGGGGGAGGGAAGCAGGAUGGGAAAGGGGCUACAGAAAUGGCCAAGGAACCUGCCCGGAAUGGCCCUGUCUCCUGCCCUGUACCCUCUGGUCCUGCCUUGAGAAGACGCUGAUUUCCCUUCCCAAGUGCAAACAAGUCUGCCUUUCCCUUGGAUCAGCCAGGCCAAACUUGGAGCUUCGACAAGAAACCUUCCCUGGAAACCGCUGGCGACCGGAAACAAAACACAAGCAAGAGAACACAAAGGCAUGCACAUUUCCUACCCAGCCCCAGGCCUGGCCUCGCUGCUUUCCAGUAGACACGUUAGCACCUCUUCUUGAACUUGAGUGGGGAACACCACCCAAAAGCCCCCUUUGUUAGUUCUUGGGCAAUUCCCCUUCCCAGGGCAGGGACUGGAGCAGACCAGUGUAGGAAAGGCUUGGCCAUUCUUAGGUGGCCCCAGGACUCUUCCAGUCUCAUCUACCCUACGUCCCCACGGAGCCAUAUCCCAGUGCCUCUGCGUCCUUUAUACCUCUACAUAUUUGCUCCAGUUCUCUGCUCAGCCUGGAAGCUUUCCUCACCAUCUGGAGAAUUCCUGCGCAUCCCUUAGAACCCUACUCCGACACCACUACUUCUGCAGACUGCGGUUCCUUCUUGUCUUCCCCAGAGUUGAUCACUUCCCUCUCCCCUGGACUCCCGUAGCACAGCAUAACAUCUGUUUUAGAGCUGAUGUUGCCUGAUGUUUAGAGCUGAUGAUGUAUGCUUUCUUGUUCCUUUGUGCCUGCCUCCCCAACUAGACUGUGAGCUCCUUGGGGUCGGGGACGGGGUCUUGUUCAUUUACGUAUCCUCAGGGUCUAGCCCGGUGUCCAGCUUAGAGCAAGUAGGCAGGCACUCAAUAAAUAUUUGCUGCAUAAGGAA